UGUUUGUCGGAGUUGGAGCAACCGAUAAUGGGAAGAGUUACGGUUGUAGUUCCGUGCACCUAUGUAGUGUGUCAUCAGCAAAUAUAUAUAAGGUGAUAUGCAUAUUUAUUUAUUUUAUUAUAAUAUAACCAAAUUCUCGGCGUGAAGAAGAUAGAAGAUAGAUCGAAUUGUUUGUUUUAAGAGUCGUUAUUGGAUUGGAUUGGAUUGGUUGGCGGGUUGUUCGCGGGAGCUAAGGAGUCGAAACCCAACAAACAAAGCAAUUACCAGUCCAAGAGAAGACAUGGGAUAAUAUAGACCGCAGAAACAAACAUCAGACGAAGAAGAAAAUCCUUUUGGAGUUUUGUUUCUCAUCAACUCCGAUCGACAUCAUCAAACUGUGUCAUCCAUCUCCACUCCGUUUGGGCACACUCCAUUCACCAGUUCUCUUCUGCUUUGCUCCAGCUCUACUGCGUUAUCAGUGCGGAGGGCGAGUCAAGAGUGGCGUCUCACUGUAGACAGGAGACUAGAAGGGGAGAGGGUUGAAAUUGUGUAUGGAUAAAUAAAAAAAAAAAAAAGAAAAAGAUUAAUUUUAUUUAUUUAUUUAUUUUGUUUGCAUAUUUUCCUAUUUUGGAGGAGGAGAAGAACUGGAACAGCACAUACAUACCAUACAAAUACAAUUAGAUAGAUUUAGAAUAGAGGAUCGCUAGGUACGUAUCCAAUGAUAAUCUAUCUGCUCUUUUAUUUUUGAAAUUUAAAAGUUUUUGUCAAUGGUUUUAUUUUAAUUUUAAUAAAAAUAAUAAUAAUAAUAAUAAUAAUCUUUUGUUAAUUGCGAAGUCAAUAUCAAUAAUCUAAAGAAAAAAAGAAUAAUAUAUUAAGGAGAGAGAGAGAGAGAGAGGAUGGUGAUGGUCCUGGUCCCUGGGUCUCCUCAGGCUUACAAAUUUGUUCAGACUCAUCAUUGGCUCACCACAAUCCCACCACUGCCGGUGAACCCCUCCCUCUCUAAUAGUAGUAACAAUUUCACUGUCUCUGUUUCUAAGAAAUCCAACAGAAUCCCUCCUGCUUGUGGGAUCAGCACCAGCGGGAACAGGAGCAGGAACAGAAAGAAGAGGGUGAUGGCAGAGAAUAACAACAAUAUUAAUAAUCAUACCAACAAGAAGGAGGAGUUGAAGUUGAGGACGGUGAAUCAUCUGCGCCACGUGGAGUCCAUGGCCACUCUGCCUUCUGGCGCCGGCAAUAUCCCCCAUUUAAACGCCGUCAUUCUUGGAGAGUCCCUCGCUUCUGAAGAGAACGAUCUCAUCUUUCCCAGCGAUCACUUCUCCUCCGAGGCUCUCGUUCCCUCUCCUCAAAAGUACCUGGAGAUGUAUAGAAGGUCCAUUGAGGAUCCUGCUGGAUUUUGGUCCGAAAUUGCUUCUCAGUUCUAUUGGACACACAAGUGGGGAGAUGAAGUCUACUCUGAAAAUUUGGAUGUCACCAGAGGCCCUAUCAAGAUUGAGUGGUUCAAGGGUGGUAUUACCAACAUUUCCUAUAAUUGCUUGGACAGAAAUGUCCAAGCCGGACUUGGUGACAAAAUUGCUCUCUACUGGGAAGGCAAUGAGCCUGGUUUUGAUGCCACUUUAACUUACACCCAGCUUCUUCAUAGCGUCUGCCAGCUAGCAAACUACUUGAAAGAUAUUGGUGUUAGAAAGGGUGAUGCUGUUGUGGUUUACUUACCCAUGCUUAUGGAACUUCCAAUUACAAUGCUCGCAUGUGCUCGAAUUGGUGCUGUUCACUCGGUUGUAUUUGCCGGGUUUUCUGCAGAAUCUCUUGCCCAAAGAAUUAUAGAUUGCAAGCCAAAAGUUGUGAUUACUUGCAAUGCUGUUAAAAGGGGUUCUAAGGUCAUCAACCUCAAAGAUAUAGUUGAUGCAGCCCUUGGUCAAUCAGCCCAAAGUGGGGUUUCCAUAGGUGCAUGCCUUACCUAUGAAAACCAAUCAGCAAUGACUAGGGAGAAUACCACAUGGAAAGAAGGAAGAGAUAUAUGGUGGCAGGAUGUGAUUCCUAAAUAUCCAACCAAUUGUGCGGUGGAGUGGGUUGAUGCAGAGGAUCCACUAUUUCUGCUUUAUACAAGUGGGAGCACUGGAAAGCCAAAGGGUGUUCUCCAUACAACUGGAGGGUAUAUGGUAUAUACAGCAACAACAUUCAAAUAUGCAUUUGACUACAAACCAUCUGACAUAUAUUGGUGUACGGCCGAUUGUGGCUGGAUUACUGGGCACAGCUACGUCACUUAUGGACCUCUGCUCAAUGGAGCAAGCGUCAUCAUUUAUGAAGGGGCUCCAAAUUAUCCUAAUUCUGGACGCUGUUGGGACAUUGUUGACAAAUACAGGGUUACGAUAUUUUAUACAGCCCCAACAUUGGUGCGGUCCCUCAUGCGUGAUGGUGAUGAGUAUGUUACUCGUUACUCACGAAAAUCUUUACGGGUCCUUGGAAGUGUGGGCGAGCCUAUUAAUCCAAGCGCUUGGAGGUGGUUCUUCAACGUAGUUGGAGAUUCGAGGUGCCCCAUUUCUGACACCUGGUGGCAAACUGAAACUGGUGGCUUUAUGAUCACUCCAUUACCAGGUGCCUGGCCUCAGAAGCCUGGUUCUGCUACCUUUCCUUUCUUUGGAGUUCAGCCUGUGAUAGUUGAUGAGAAGGGUGUUGAGAUUGAAGGGGAAUGCAGUGGUUAUCUGUGUGUGAAAAGUUCAUGGCCUGGAGCAUUUCGUACUCUUUAUGGUGACCAUGAAAGAUAUGAAACCACUUAUUUUAAGCCAUUUGCUGGCUAUUAUUUCAGUGGUGAUGGCUGUAGUAGGGACAAAGAUGGAUACCACUGGCUUACUGGAAGAGUUGAUGAUGUUAUCAAUGUUAGUGGACAUCGUAUUGGUACAGCUGAAGUUGAAUCCGCUCUGGUUUCUCAUCCCCAGUGUGCAGAAGCUGCUGUGGUUGGUGUUGAGCAUGAUGUUAAAGGGCAGGGUAUAUAUGCAUUUGUUACUCUCGUGGAGGGUGUUCCUUACAGUGAAGAACUCCGGAAAAGUCUCAUACUCAUAGUAAGAACGCAGAUAGGAGCAUUUGCAGCACCUGACAAAAUCCAUUGGGCACCUGGCCUCCCAAAGACAAGAAGUGGGAAGAUAAUGAGGAGGAUUCUGAGAAAAAUUGCUUCCCGUCAGUUAGACGAGCUUGGAGACACUAGCACACUUGCAGAUCCAAAUGUUGUUGAUCAGCUUAUUGCACUUGCUGACUGCUAAAGAAAUUGGUAGCAUGGAAGGAGGAUCAGUUCUAUACAGCAAUUCUGCAAAAAGGAGCAUGCCAUUGCGAUACCUCAUAAUAAGAGCAAGAAUAUAAAGGAGUGAACAUUGCAGCUGUUUUCUUAUGAAGAAAAGAAUCGAGAAUCAUUUUCAAAGUGAGUCGGCAAUAUCAGAACCCUCACAGAUGAAAAUUGAGAUACUAAUUCGUUUCUGUUUAGCGUAGACCGUUAAAUAAAUAAUGACUAUUAGAUAUAAGCAUAUAACUGAUGAGCAAAAAGUGGUGACAUGUUUGCUUAACGACGUUUUCGGGCACUUUGAUGUUAUAUUUAAGUUUUACUCUUUUCCUAUCUGUAAUUUGUUACUUCAUAAUUUUUAUUUUCAUUUUCUGAAAGGAAUGUUAUCUCUC